CAUCCUAAUAGGAGUCAUGUGGAUCUUCUUUUGGAAAAUGGGGGUGGAAAAAAAAAAACGUUUUUCAAGAAUGCCUUGGUCAUAGUAAGGAGACGUGUUUGUUAACCAGCGAAAACAACCUCAACAACUCUUAGUCCCAGAAGGAAACUGUUGGAUGCAUGGAACUAUCAGACAUAACAAUAAGCUGGAAAUCAAGAACCAACUGCUUCCCAUUGCAACUGUGGGAGCGUUUUGCAGGCCAUUACUAGGAAAUGGAAGGUGGGGGCCUUAUCAACGCAAUGGCAAGUUAAAACAUGUCUCUUUUUGAAGAACUACGGCGCGAUCAAGGUUUCCAUGAUUAUGCCUUCUGUUAAAUCGGCUUGCUCCGUAAUAGUCACCAUAUGGAUUAUUGUGCCUCAGCUCUGCCUCUGUCCCGUACAAGCCACGUUUGGGACAACUCCAAACAUUAAGCACAUUGUGAUAGGAAGAUGCUUCACUUACACCACACUGGUUCAGCCCGGCUUAUGGUAUGACUGUGAGGAAAUCUGGAGGCAGUUUGAGAAGGCUGUUGUCCAGCAUGCCUCUUGUAAUGUGACAGAAGAGCAUUAUUGUGAAAUGUUUAACAUGAUGCCACAGGUCUGGCCAUGUGAUAGGUUUCUUUUUUGGAGUAAAACCAGGAUGUUGAUGCACAGUUACGCAGCUGUUUUUCGGCAUUUCUGGACACUGGAAGACACGUUGGUUGGUUUCCUGUUCAACGACCUGAUCUGGUGUGGCCAGGAAGAAGACUCUGACUUCGAUUUCAAUUCUUGUCCAGCGUGGUCAACAUGCAGAACCCAUCCAGUUUACUCAUUAUGGAAGCGAGCCUCACAAAACUUUGCAGAGAUGGCAUGUGGGAACAUUACCGUGUUGUUGAAUGGGUCUAUUACUAAUGCAUUCAACAGGAAGAGCAUGUUUGGAAGCAUUGAACUGGACAGCCUGAAUCCUCAGAGAGUGAACUAUGUCAACAUAAAGGUGGUGACAAAUCCAGAGGGACCUCACAUAGAAUCAUGCAGUCAAGGAUCUAUCGUAGAGCUCAUCCAAAUACUCUGGUCACGAGGUUUCCGAUGGACCUGUACCGAUAGUGACCUGACCUUGGUGAUCCUUCAGUGUAUCCAGGACCUAAAUCAGCCCAGUUGCCAGAUGUUGGCAAGCAGCAUGUUGCAGCAAAAGGUCUAAACAUCCACAUGAAUCAUAUUUUGAAACCAUGUGUCAAGCUUUAAAAUGUGUCUGCCUGGUAGUGAAACUAAUUUAAUGGUUAACAUUUUCUUUCCAAACCUUCCUUAUCAAAAUAUGUUUUGUUAGGAUUAUAGAUUUUUGUAUCAAUGUUUGGUGUUUAACCUCUCCCUUAUGUUUAACAUUUUCUAGAAGAAGUGGUGGUUUUUUAGCUAACACAUGCACACAGCUUACACACAUAACUGCUGAACAUCACAGAGGUUUCAGGUUUUAGGUGCAACAAUAUUGUGGUAAUUAAAUUGUGAAUGUGAAUAUGUUUGAAAUAAAUAAACUAAACUGAAGCAGACAAAACAUUUGGUGUGCAUUCAUAACAAUCAGUACAUGAUUUAGGGGGUAAUCAGAGUCAGAUGGCUAAUUUAAUUAACCUGAUUUCAAAAUGGUUCUGCAGACCUAACUACUAAUAAGUGGUUUCAUUUAAUACUUGUAUAUUUCCACAGUGUUUAUCAUUCUUAUGUACACUUUUUAAAAAUAAAGUCUUGAGCUUUAACACACCUACGCAAACACGAUGCUUGCAUGGGUGUGAACAAUGUACAUCUGAACUGUUCACCUCGAGUUCUAGCUUGAAUUGAAACCACAACUAGAAGUUCAAUAUUUAACUUGCAACCACCAUUGUACUUGUGAACAUGUUCUCCAUUUUAAGCUUCCGAUGAGUUAUGUAAGAAAACAGCAGUUUCGCCUUUCAUCCUUAAUAUGACUGUCUCCUACACAAGCUGUUGUUUUUAAGAAAUUCCUGUUUAUUUUCUCAUACAUUUUAUCACAUUGUGUCAUUUUCAAAGCACAGCUUAAGCGGUUCACAUCCUUCUGUUUGAUUCAAGUGUAUAAGAUUAAACAAGUUUGGGCUUGAA